AUGGGUGGCCAUUUACCUCAUGCUGACCAUUAUACUUUGACACCAAACCACACUCCACAUUCUUCAGCUACAAAGCCCCGUAGUAGAACAUUUCAUGAUAUGGAUGACGAUGUUCACGAUGUAGAACAUGCUAGCCACCAGUUACAACCACAGCAUGGUCACCAUCACCAUCACCACCAACUGCCAAACCAUAAUGGAUAUCACCACCCCGAUCAACCGCCACCGCUUAAAAUCCAGAGGGCUGAUUUUGAGGAUCUACUCGGAAGAACAUCUAUGCCAAUGGGGGGACCUGGGAGCCUUCUUGGAGGUCCCCCAUCAUUACAAGCUCCUGGGCAAUCUGCCCAAAUGUUUGCACCAACGGGGCUUGGAAACCAAGGCCAUCUAUCGCCGAUAGAGCCUUUGAGGCAGGGCCAAGGCGGUCCUCCAAUGCUAGGGCCUGUUCCUGGGUCACCGCACAUGUCGCAUGGAGCGCAAUCCAUGACAACAGCAGUUGGGGCGCCAGGGAUGCCAAUGCCAAUGCCCCGUCCAAGAGGCCCAAAACUCAAGUUCACACCAGAAGACGAUGCGCUCCUACUAGAACUCAAAGAAAAUAGAGCUUUGACCUGGAAGCAAAUUGCAGAGUUUUUCCCUGGUCGGUCAUCUGGGACAUUACAGGUGCGAUAUUGCACAAAGCUGAAAGCAAAGACGACGCAGUGGACAGAUGAUACAGUCCAACGAUUAAGAAAUGCUAUGCAAGAGUAUGAGAAUGAUAGAUGGCGUUUGAUCUCUGCCAAAGUUGGGAAUGCCGACCCUGACGGGAAGUCCGAGGAGGGGAGUUACUCCCCUUCUCAUGAAGGAUUUCCUGUUGGGGAUAACGAAGGCUCCCUUUCCUUCGAUCAACGAGAAAACCAACCAGACAACCGCGAGCAACAACCAUUGUCCCAGCCUAUGGUCCAGCCUAUGCAGCAAUCUAUGCCACAAUCCAUGCCGCAGCCAAUGUCACAGACCCUGCCGCAAUCCAUACCACAGCCGAUGUCACAACCUAUUUCACAACAGCAACAGCAGUCUCAGCAGCCUUUGAUUCCACCGCUGCAUAGAGCAGCACCGGUUCCACAUCAUCUACCCCUACCAUUUGAUUCGAAUCCCGAUAGAUACCAGAAUCUCCAACAUCCUUACCAAACUUUACCUCCAAAACACCCACAUCCUUAG